GACGCCGCGAGCCGGGAAUUCGCGGACUCCUGCCCCAGCGCGAGGAUCGGAGCGCGGGGCGGGCAUGCGCACCGCGGACGGCGCGCUGGAGGCGGCGCACUGCGCAUGCGGGAAGAUGGCGGCCCAGGCUCCCUAAGAGUGCCCAGUUACCCAGUUCUCCUGCUGUCCGCGUGCUAACUCCCGGGGCCGUGGGCAGUGGCGCGUUCGUCCGCAGCCAGGCCCAGCCAGGGGCACCUCCUAACAGGCCGCGAGCUCUGUUCGUGCUUGGCUUCGGGAACGGCGUGUUGGGGGCGGUGUCGGACGCGACCCGGAGAAGGCGGGAGAACUCGCGGGGGGCGAAGGGGCGGCCGGCUGGGCAGCAUGAGUCAGCAGCGGCCAGCGCGGAAACUGCCCAGCCUGCUCGUGGACCCAGCGGACGAGACCGUGCGCCGCCGGUGCCGAGACCCCAUCAACGUGGACGGCCUGCUGCCAUCAAAAAUAAGGAUUAAUUUAGAAGAUAAUGUGCAAUAUGUGUCCAUGAGAAAAACUCUAAAAGUGAAGAGGCCUCGUUUUGACGUAUCCCUGGUUUAUUUAACUCGGAAGUUCAUGGAUCUCGUCAGAAACGCGCCGGGGGGCAUCUUGGACUUGAACAAGGUGGCGACCAAGCUGGGGGUGCGGAAGCGAAGAGUGUACGACAUCACCAACGUCCUGGACGGGAUCGACCUGGUGGAGAAGAAGUCCAAGAACCACAUUCGGUGGAUAGGGUCCGACCUCAACAGCCUCGGGGCCGCGCCCCAGCAGAAGCAGCUGCAGGACGAGCUCUCCGACCUGGCCGCCAUGGAGGACGCGCUGGACGAGCUGAUCAAGGACUGUGCGCAGCAGCUGUUCGAACUGACGGACAACAAGGAAAACGAGCGACUGGCGUACGUGACGUACCAGGACAUCCACAGCAUCCGCGCCUUCCACGAGCAGAUCGUCAUUGCGGUUAAAGCUCCGGCAGAAACCAGGCUGGACGUCCCAGCGCCCAGAGAAGACUCCGUCACCGUGCACAUCCGCAGCACCAAGGGGCCCAUCGACGUGUACCUGUGCGAGGUGGAGCAGCGGCGCCCCCGCGGCCGGGCGCCCGCAGGCGCUGGGGGCUCGUCGUCCUCGCAGAGCAGGCGCCCGGAGAGCCCCGCGGAAGAAGAAGCUCCUCCGCAGCCGAGUGAAGAAUUGCUCGAGGUGAGCAACUGACAGGAGGACCCGAGGAGGCGUCCCCCGCGUUCUGGGGCAUCCCCCGGACGGCCAGGCGUCCGGCGUGGUCCUCGGAGCAGCGCGCCCGCCCGCGCGAGGUCCCCUUCCUCUCCGCCAGCAGCAGCAGCAGCAGCGAGGCCAGUAGCGUCUUGGCGUAGUUCCCUACUCAGACUGGGUGGAUGACUAUGGUUUCUGCAUUCAAAAGAACUUAUAAUUCACUGCUGUCUGUCGGUGAGACGGACCCCUUGCCUGCCGAAGUAGCUUCCUCCGACAGACCCCCGCCCAGACGGCCAGGCCCGAGGGGGACAGUCCUCCGCGGGCCCCGCCCCCCCUCCAGGGACCACGUGUCGUCCCCACAGAAGCGGCUGUCUUACAUGAGGUCAGGUCUGCGGUCGGCUGCUGGCCGUCGGGGGGUGCGCGCACGCAUCUAGGUGUGACGUCCCUGUACAUACCUGUGUCGUGUUUCGAUGACCUGUGCGCAUCUGAGUGAACCUCCCCACCGUUGUACAGCCGAAGUAAUGUAUAUAUGGAAGCUCAUAGGCAAAUGCUCUAACUUCUGUGGUAUCUGUAAUUUAUUAGAAUCCUCUGAGUGAGGGUUAGACAAGAGUACCGUAGAUGUGCUGUACACCUUAAGUUCACGCGUUUGAUUAAAGAGUUUCGGCCAGGCUCCCAGUGCUGGAGUUGGACUUCAGGCUGCCCGCAGGUGCUGUGUCUGCGCAGACCCGUGGCGCGGCCCGCGCCUUCAGGACGCGUGGGGGAGUGCCCUCGGGGAGCGGCUCAGCCACGGCGACCGCCGGAAGCCACUCACACAGACCUUGUCGCCCGCGGAUCCUGGGAGGCGUCUCUGCGCGCCGCAGCCUGCUCUUCAGGCG